UCUCAUCUCAACCACAGCAGGCGUUGUUGUUGUUGAUACUGUUGGUGUUUGUUGUUGCUGCAGCUGCAGCAGAGGGUGGUAGUCUACCGCCUUGGCAUCCUCAGUGACAUUCUCUCAGUCCUCACCGCUGUCGUCAUCGUUGUCUCGUCAUGUUGCCGUCGUUACCUUCGCUGGUUUUAGCAGUUGUCUGCUGUUUUGUAACCUUCCAUUCAGCACAUGGAGAUUGUCGCCAGGGAUGGAUCACGGUUGGCAAUGGAACUACAGCACAGUGUUUUAAGCUCUUUUCGGACCAGAGAAAGAACUACAAUGGCGCUGCAAACUUCUGCAAACAACAAGGUGGAUACCUGGCAACAGACACUUCGGCUGAUGUCCAUAACAAAAUCAAGCCUUACAUAUUGGAUGCAAGAAAAUCUGGAUCAAAACCACAAUACUUUUGGCUUGGACUGAGUGCUCUAGUGACGUGCCCCAGAGGCUGGAACCUGUACGCUGCAGCCCCCAUUUGUAUCAAGUUGUAUACACAGCUCAAAAGCUGGGUGGAUGCCAGGAGUACAUGCCAGCAGGUGGGAGGUGACCUUGUUAAGAUCUCAAAUGGUGGAAUUAAUGGAUUUGUCGACGGUUUGGUGGACCAGCAGAAGGAUACAUAUUGGAUUGGAUUGCACGAUCGACAUCAGGAAAAUAUGUUUGAAUGGUUGGAUGAAGAUGUCAAGACAAAUUUCACUUACUGGGCCCCUCAUGAGCCGGGUAACUCCGGUGGAAACGAAAACUGUGUACAGAUCGCAGCUCACCGACAGAAUCAGUGGAACGACGGCAUAUGCGAUCACAAACAUCGCUUCAUAUGUCAAGCCCCCACUGUUCAGAACACCCUUCCAGCAACAAGUCCAGCCACACCAUCCAGUAAAAACUGCGGAGCAGGCUGGGAGGACGACCCCAACAGUGACAGCUGCUACCAGAUCAACACAGAGCUUCUCUCCUGGCUGGAUGCCAGAUACGCAUGUCAGUCGUCCGGAGGGGACCUGGCCACUAUCUCGAACGUACAGGAGCAGUUUUAUCUCUCAGGACGCUCACUGAUCCUAGACGCUGACUUUCUAUGGAUCGGAGCCAACGACCGUGGUGUGGAGACAGGAUGGCGAUGGGCGGACGGGGGACCAAUGGGCUUUAUCAACUGGGCUCCUCACCAGCCUGACAACGCACACGAAUCUGACUGUGUUGUCAUGGUAACUCAGUCUGGACGCUGGGAUGAUCUCCCCUGCCAAGACCGUUAUGGAUACAUCUGUGAGAAAAAGGGAUUUGUGACAUCACCUACUCCAAAACCCACAACAUCACCUGCACAUCUGCUCAUGUUACCAGAUGCAGAACUCUGCAGGGGGCAUGUCUUGGGACAACGCAAGGGCCAUCUGUGGCACCAAGUAUUCCAGCUUAGUCGCCAUCACAGAUGGGGCAGAGAACAAGUUCGUCCUCAGUCUUCUGCCAAAAUCCACGAACCAGUAUGUGUGGAUGGGCCUGAAUGAUGUGGGCAUGGAGAACAGUUUUGUCUGGAACGACGGCACGCCCAUUACAUACACCAACUGGUCACCGCAUGAGCCCAACAACCUGGGCGGAGAGGACUGUGUGGUCAUGUACGCCAAAACUGGCCUAUGGAAUGAUGCUAAGUGUGACAUCAAGGCGAAACUGUCGGUGUGCAAAAAGAACAAAGCCGUCCUUAACACAGCUCAAAGAGACAUUUUCAAAGGCUGCAGUAAGGGUAUAGGGUAUGAGGCAAUGUGUUACAGCUUUGUAUACCAACCCGCUAAGACCUUUGCUCAGGCCCAGGCCUACUGUAAGAGCUUCGGUGGGAACCUGGCCACUGUAAACGACAGAUAUGUACAGGCAUUUUUGGCUGCUGAAAUUGUACCAAAACCUGGAUCAGCGUACUGGAUUGGCAUGUCCUUGACAGCACAGACCAACUGGACCUACGCCUGGGUCACUCCUUAUGAAGUGGACUUCACAGCCUGGGAUAAAUUUCACACAGGCAAUGAGAACAACACCUGUGUAGCUAUGCAGACCAAACGACCGGCCGGGUUGUGGGUGGAUAUGAACUGUAACCAAGCUCAGAGCUACAUCUGUGAAUUUCCGAGACAGGGCUACACCACACCAGUGCCCACCACAACCACCACCGCCAAGCUGCUCUGUCCUACUGGCUGGUCCACUCAUGGGAACCUUUGCUAUAAAGCCUUCCAAAUGACAAUGGACAACAUGCUGACGUGGACAGAUGCCAGAGAUUACUGUGCCAGCCUCUGGACCGGCGGUGCCUUGGCCACCAUCCGGGGCAAGGGUUUGGAGGUUUGGAUGCUGAACCAUACUCUCAUAAAUAUGCAAGACAUAUUUUGGAUAGGGCUCUCUGACCGCAGCACUGAAGGAGGAUACAAGUGGGAGGACGAGUCCCCUUUCUCCUUCUCACACUGGGGGACCAAUCAGCCAGACGACGCUGGAGGAAAAGAGGACUGUGUCACCUGGAACACGGUGAAGAACACCUGGAAUGAUGAGACGUGCUACGUGGCCCACAACUUCAUCUGUCAGGUUCCCAAAGGAGCUGUGAUCACAACACCAAGGCCUGUGCCAACUGGAAAACCAUCUCUCCAAUGUGGUAACAGCUCCUGGUCUGAGUACAACAACAACUGCUACUACAUAAGUCCAUCGGACGGCGAUGAUGCCACAAAGACUUGGUUUGAUGCCCGCAUUGCUUGUUUGAACAUGAGUGGCGAUCUUGUCAGCAUUGGGAAUGAUGAGGAGAACGCUUUCGUCACCUCUCUUGUCAGCCGACACCCUCUUGGAACCUUCUGGAUUGGCCUCAAUGACCUGGACCAGGACACCUUCAAAUGGUCAGAUGGUUCACCUGUGUCCUAUGUAAGCUGGAUGACCAAUCAGCCAAACGACGCCUACGGCAGUGAAAGAUGUGUCCGGAUCGGCUCUGGAUCGCUUUGGGGCGACCAGCACUGUCAGGACAAGCGAGGCUAUGUGUGUAAGAAAAGACCUGGUGACUACACCAUUCCCCCCAUGACCCCAGCAUCUACUAAGGGUGGCUGUCCACUGGGGUUCCAUUCUCUGCCUUCUCUAUCUAAGUGCUUCACUGUCGGAGGCUUGAAGCCCUCACAGAGAGUGAACUACACAGACGCCAUGUCGGUAUGUAAUCUGCUGAAUUAUAAAUCACGACUGGCCUCAAUUCACAACUCAGUGGAACAAAAAUUCAUCACAGUCCUGUUAGCUAACUCGGGCAGCCGAUCACCGUCCUGGAUUGGUUUCAACGACCGAAGGUUUGAAGACCAGUUUGUUUGGGUGGACAACUCCAAGGUAGACUACACGGCCUGGGGCUACAAACAACCAGACGAGAACAAAAAUGACAAGAGAUGGAUUGCUAGGAGAGACUGCGUCGACAUGGAUAUGGGCGUCCAAAAUUCUGGUCGCUGGAAUGACAGGAGAUGUAGUAAUAAAUACUCCUUUGUUUGUGAGACUGCUAAAGUUCCGGUCUACGCCCUGGAACCGGCCAACGCAACAGGGUGUGUGGAAGGCUAUCAGAGGUUCCGUGACAGCUGUUACCGCUACAACAAAGAUCUCUAUACCUGGGACCAAGCAGAGAAGCUGUGUCAAGUGGAGGGCUCACAUCUGGUCAGCCUUUCAGACAGGUUUGAGCAAGACUUCAUUGAACUUCUGACCCUGGGAGCUGCCCGUGAUCUGCAGAUGUGGCUAGGUUUGAAAUACGACCUUGCUACAGAAGCUUUUACAUGGUCGGACACAUGGCCUGUGAAGUACACCCUCUGGGACAAGGAUGAGCCCGAUCGUAAGCCUAACGAGGGUUGUGUGAGCCACACAGUUGAUGGUCGAUGGCAGGACGUGCCUUGUGAGAUGCAGAUGUCCUUCGUCUGUGAACACAGUCUAGACUACAUAGAUGAUCACAUUGAGAUACGUUUUACCUUCCAAUCCCCAGCCGGUUUCUCCUGGAGUGAUGGGACGGCUCUCAACUUUAUGUUCUGGACACCAGGAGGAGGAGCCAUAGACGAUGACAACUCCUUGCACCAGGACUGUGUUGUGGCUGUCAAAACUGAUGGAUCCUGGAGAGACACUGACUGUUUUGAUCAGCAUGCAUAUAUCUGCAAGAAAACACUCUACGCUGCCUCCAGCUCUGUCAUCACAGCUCCUACCGCAGGUAUAGUGCAGCCAGUUGGUCCAAACACACAGUACGUCCCCCCAGUGACUUGGGAACCUCUCGUGACGCGACCUCCACCUGUGGUCACACAGAACCCCUGGGCCGGCAACCCCACUCAGAACCCCUGGCCCACACAGAACCCUUGGGCUGGCAACCCCACACAGAAUCCCAUACAAAACCCCACACAAAUCCCCACACAGAACCCCUGGGGCGGUAACCCCACACAAAAUCCCAUACAAUACCCCACACAAAAUCCCAUACAAUACCCCACACAAAAUCCCAUACAAAAUCCCACACAAAAUCCAUGGGCUGGAAACCCUACGCAAAACCCCACACAAAACCCCUGGGCCGGCAACCCCACACAAAACCCCUGGGCCGGCAACCCCACAGGGUACCCUCCAGUAGCUGCCAGCCCUACCAAUUCAGGCUUACAGCAGGGCCCUGGAAACUCUGGUGGCUCACUUGGUAGCAGCUCCGGCUCACUUGGUGGCGGCUCAGUCGCUGGCAUCGUGAUAGGAGUCAUGGCUAUGGUCGCUGUUGCUGUAGUCGCUGCCUUUGUGAUUCGCCGCCACAUGCAGAACCGCUCCCUUAGAGGGAGCCUCGGCUUCACGUCUACUGGCUUCGACAACGCCACCUAUAGCAGUGCAAGUGGGGACAAGUUCCAACUGUCAGUUGUGAAUGAUCCUACAACUUUACUCAGCGCUCAAGGGCUUUGAUUCCUCUGGAAAAUAUAUGCAUAAAGCAGCUCAGAAAUGUCCACGCACCACACCUUCCCUGCCUCCCCAUAAUAAGCUCCAUAGUCACGCAAGUUGUGUUUGUUGGGUUCCUGAAGAACAAUUUUCUUCAAAGUUCUGUUUCUCGCAUUGUUCACAUCGUGUUAAAAAAACAAACAUUUUUGCCUCUAAUACUUCAUAAUGUAUUUUGAUUAAUAAACGCAUGCUAUUUCUUUACACCUGAUAAACGAGA